CCCUCGGGGCACCCGGGGCCGCCGGGGGAUGGGCGCAGGCGAAGGCGCCGGGGCCGCCUUUGUGCCCGGCGCCCGGGCCGGAGGCGAGAGCGGGAGGACCUGCCUUGGACAAAGCCCGCAGCGUCCCGGCCCCAGAGCCCGGAACAAAAGAUGCUCCUUGUGCUGGUCGCGGAGGGUUUGCGCGUGGGGCGGGGCGGCCGCCGACGAGGCCACCUCUCGUGGGAGUGUCCACCCGCUUUGUGUCUGCACCUUCGUGCUGGCCACCUGGACAGGGCUGAGACCCUGCCAGGCCCUGCAACCCAGCUCUGGCCAGGGUCGUCUGGCUGCGAGGGGCGUCCGCCCUGGAAUCUGUCUUGGUCCGUGUGCCCAGACCAGUCAAGGGUAACAGGCAGCUGGAGCAACGUUUAGGGCCUGGGGUGGCUGCUUUGCAGGAGUUACCCAGGCUCCUGGAGGGGUGGGAGCUAUCUGAGCGCCCCAAGAUACUGGUGGAGCUUCUGGGCUGUGCCUGGCCCUUGGUCUUCGCUUUCAGUCCUUCCUGGGAGCGCAGGCGUGCUUAUCUCUGUGGACAUGUUCAUGAUGUGUGUGCACAUCUGCUUUAACGGGGCACCUCUGCACCCUCCCUGGAGGUCCCCGGCCCUGGUCAUGAAUGUGUGGGUGAGCUGCACUCCUGGACUGGCGUGCUUGACGCAUGAGUGCAGACUGGUAUCGGGUGCACGCAGAUGUGUGCAUUUACCCAUUCUUAGUGUGGAUACAUAUGCAUGGUGGGUGUUUGACGUGCAAGUAUGAGCUAGGCACUAAGCAUGCGUUGGUUUGUUCAUGUGUAUCCAUGGGGGUACAUAGUUAUGCACACGUGUACACAGUAUCUAUCAGUGCGCAUGUCUGUGUGUGUGCUGUGCUGUUGCAUGCACGCACAUUUGGUCACGCGUGUGCAUGUCUGCCAUACCUCUGCACGUUUGCACUUGGUCACGUGUGCGGGAUGUCUGCGUGUGGGUGCCUGGAGGGCCUCAGUAUCAGCGCCCUUACCCCUGGGUCCCUAGAACCCGCCCUUUGCACUACUGCCGUACAAGGAGGUCAGCAUCCAAAGCCUGGGAACACUGGAUGGGGGGUUUCGGGUUGGAGCAGAGAGUGGCCCAGGCCCUGGGCCGGGGCCGAUGGCUAACUCCUCUGUGUUCUCCCGUCUUCUGUUCCUGACUAAUGGAGGUGGAGCGUGAGCAACUCAGGCACCCACGAUCCUGGGCCCCCACCAUGGCCCACUGCUCUCCAGGCCCAGGCUGUGGGGGCAGCGUGGAGCCAGGGCCUCAGCGGGGAGCCCGGGCCUGGCUGAGGCACCCCAGCUUCACCCUGGCCCCUUGCUGAGAAGCUCAUGCUCCUCCUUGCCCUCGUGGGCCCAGCUUGCCCAGUCCGACUAGGGCUACCGGCACUGCCUUCACCUCCAGGCCUUCCCUCCCAGCCAGCCUGCUUGCCUGGGGCACCCACAGUGGGGCACUGUGUGCAGAGGCUGCCCAGGCUUUGCCAUGCUUCCUUUGAAAGUGCCCAGCCAAGCCCAGGGUGGGGGCCACGGAGAUCCCCUGACUUUGGGCCAUAUAAGCUGCAUGGGGUGGGUUUUGGGUUUGGGCUGAGAUACGACAGGGCUUUGAGGCCUCUUCAGGGUCCCCCUGUCCACUCACCCCCAGGUGCUGCUGGGGACAUAACCCAAGCCUGGACUUCCUGGCAGUGGGCAGGGCUAAGGAGGGUUAGUGUUGGGGGACUCUGCCUGUCUGCUCUCCAUCUGGGGAGAGCCCCAAACCUCAGGGUGCAUGUGGCUGGGAGGGUUCAGACUUUCAGCGGGAGCGGGGGCACCGCCCACUCCUUGUUCUUGGUGCCCCUCCCCUGGGUGGGGCUUCGGGCGCUGAGUCACGGCUCUGGUGGGGAAGCGGACCUCACCCUUCUCCCGGUCCUCCAGGCUGCUGGGAAAAUCCUGGAGGAAUGGCGGAAGAGGAGGCCUUGGCCCGUGGGGGUGGGGAGGGGAGCACAGAGGGGCGUGGCCCCCCUAGGGCUCUCCGCUGGUGCCCACCUGGCGCUCUUGAGCACAUUCAUUCUUCAUGGUGCAACCCCACUCUUGCCAGCCGUCUAGGGAUCAGCCCCCACCUCCAGCCCAGGGGUGCCAGCCCUUCAUGCAGCAGCCCAGGGCAGGGCAACCAUUGACGAGGUGGAGACGGACGUGGUUGAGAUCGAGGCCAAGCUGGACAAGCUGGUUAAGCUGUGCAGCAGCAUGAUCGAGGCCGGCAAAGCCUAUGUCACAACCAAUAAGCUCUUCGUGAGUGGCGUCCGCGACCUGUCCCAGCAGUGCCAGGGGGACGCCGUCAUCUCGGAAUGUCUGCAGAGGUUCGGAGACAGCCUCCAGGAGAUGGUCAGCUACCACAUGAUCCUGUUUGACCAGGCCCAGAGGUCUGUGCGCCAACAGCUCCACAACUUCAUCAAAGAGGACGUGCGGAAGUUCAAGGAAACCAAGAAGCAGUUUGACAAAGUCCGGGAGGACAUGGAGCUGUCCCUGGUGAGGAAUGCCCAGGCCCCGAGGCACCGGCCCCACGAGGUGGAGGAGGCCACAGGUGCCCUGACCCUCACCCGGAAGUGUUUCCGCCACCUGGCCCUGGACUACGUGCUCCAGAUCAACGUCCUUCAGGCCAAGAAGAAGUUCGAGAUUUUGGAUUCUAUGCUGUCCUUCAUGCACGCCCAGUACAGCUUCUUCCAGCAGGGCCACAGCCUGCUGCACCAGCUGGACCCCUACAUGAAGAAGCUGGCAGCUGAGCUCGACCAGCUGGUGAUCGACUCGGCAGUGGAGAAGCGGGAGAUGGAGCGCAAGCACGCCGCCAUCCAGCAGAGGACGCUGCUGCAGGACUUCUCCUACGAUGAGCCCAAGGUGGAGUUCGAUGUGGAUGCACCCAGCGGUGUGGUGAUGGAGGGCUACCUCUUCAAGAGGGCCAGCAACGCCUUUAAGACGUGGAACCGGCGCUGGUUCUCCAUCCAGAACAGCCAGUUGGUCUACCAAAAGAAGCUCAAGGACGUGCUGACCGUGGUGGUGGACGACCUCCGGCUCUGCUCCGUGAAGCCCUGUGAGGAUACUGAGCGACGGUUCUGCUUUGAGGUCGUGUCACCCACCAAGAGCUGCAUGCUGCAGGCUGACUCGGAGAAGCUGCGGCAAGCCUGGGUGCAGGCUGUGCAAGCCAGCAUCGCGUCCGCCUACCGGGAGAGCCCCGACAGCUGCUACAGCGAGAGGCUGGACCGCACGGCGUCCCCGUCCACGAGCAGCAUCGACUCCGCCACAGACUCUAGGGAGCGCAGUGUCAAGGGCGAGAGUGUGCUGCAGCGGGUGCAGGGCGUGGCCGGCAACAGCCAGUGUGGGGACUGCGGCCAGCCGGACCCGCGCUGGGCCAGCAUCAACCUGGGCGUGCUGCUCUGCAUCGAGUGCUCGGGCAUCCACAGGAGCCUGGGUGUCCACUGCUCCAAGGUUCGGUCCCUGACUCUGGACUCAUGGGAGCCAGAGCUGCUGAAGCUGAUGUGUGAGCUGGGAAACAGCACCAUGAACCAGAUCUACGAGGCCCAGUGUGAGGGGCUGGGCAGCAGGAAGCCCACGGCCAACAGCCCCAGGCAGGACAAGGAGGCCUGGAUCAAGGACAAAUAUGUGGAAAAGAAGUUUGUGCGGAAGCUACCCUCAGCCCCAGCCAGGGAGGCCCCGCGGCGCUGGCGGGGUCCAAAGUGCCAGCGCUACCACAGCUCCCCACGUGCCCCCACCCCCCGCCGCCAAGUCCGGAUGGAGCCUGUCCUGCCCUCAGUGGCUGCUCUGUGUUCAGCGGGCUCCGUGGAGCCCAGGUUCCGCAGAGAUUCCCUCUUCUGCCCGGAUGAGCUGGACUCCCUCUUCUCCUACUUUGACGCGGGGGCUGCUGCGGCUGGGCCACGCAGUCUGAGCAGCGACAGUGGCUUGGGGGGCAGCUCGGACGGCAGCUCAGAUGUCCUGGCCUUCGGCGUGGGCUCCGUGGUGGGCAGCGUCACAGAGGAGGAGGGUGCCGAGUCCGAGGAGUCCAGCGGCGAGGCUGACGGAGAGGCAGAGGCCUGGGGCCUGGCAGACGUGCGCGAGCUUCAUCCUGGGCUGCUGGCGCACCGCGCAGCGCGCACAAGCGACCUCCCCGCCCUGGCCGCAGCGCUGGCGCACGGGGCCGAGGUCAACUGGGCGGACGCCGAGGACGAGGGCAAGACGCCUCUGGUGCAGGCUGUGCUAGGAGGCUCCUUGAUCGUCUGUGAAUUCCUCCUGCAAAACGGAGCGGAUGUGAACCAAAGAGACAGCCGGGGCCGGGCGCCCCUGCACCACGCCACGCUCCUGGGCCGCACCGGCCAGGUCUGCCUGUUCUUGAAGCGCGGGGCGGACCAGCACGCCUUGGAUCACGCGCAGCAGGACCCACUAAGCAUCGCGGUGCAGGAGGCGAACGCGGACAUCGUCACGCUGCUCCGUCUGGCGCGCAUGGCCGAGGAGAUGCGCGAGGCCGAGGCGCCCCCCGGCCAGCCGGGGCCCCUGGCGGGCAGCAGCCCCACGGAGCUCCAGUACCGCCGGUGCAUCCAGGACUUCAUCAGCCUCCACCUGGGGGAGAGCUAGGCGGCCGGGCCUGCCUGCCAGGCUGCAGCCCCGCGGGUGAGGACCGCGGGCUUGGCCGCCACGAGCCCCAGUGCUCAGGGCAGCCCCAGAGCCCCUGCUGCCUGCUCUGCCCUCCUCGGAGCUGCUCCGACCCCAGAGCCGGGAGCCGGGAGAAGGGCCCUGGCACCGAGUCCUCGGAAGCUCCAGGAGGUGCGGUGCUGCCUGGUGCCCCUGACCCCACCCAGGGACCCUGUGUCUUCAGGUGGCCCCUUCCUGGGGGGCCUGAGUUGCUCACGUCACAAACCACUCUCCAGGCCCCGUGUCACCUCGUGUUCCUCUCUGCUCCCCCAGGCCUGUGUCACCUCAUGCCCCUCUAUCCCUGGGGCGCCUGCCACUUUGUGCCCCACUCUGGCCUCAGGGCCUGUGUCACCUCGUGCCCCCACUUUACUGCCCGCGAACACUGACCUGCAAGUUGGGUCCUUCCUACACCCGCAGCCCCUCCGCUGGGCCUGGGGGCUGGUGGCUGGCCACCAGCGCCUGGCCAGGGCCAAAGGGGCAGCCCAUCCAGGGAAUCAACCCGUGUACCUCACUUAGUGACCCCAGCAGCAUCCAGGCUGGGUUUCUUGGGUGCUUGGAGCGGAGGGGACGCUUUGGCCUGGGGGCUUCAGCCCUGGCUGGGCAUGGAUGUCCUGAGGCCUGUGGCUGGCCACCAGGCCGGCUGGCCCCACAGCCCCGCCCGUGCCUGCCUCUUCCGGAGGCACUUAUCCCCGUGGGCGGGGGGGCAGGGCGCUUGGCACCCCUGCAUUAGUGCCCUCCAUCACGAGCCGAGGGGGUUUUCUACAGUAACCUCAUUCUCACUUUGUCUCGUGUCUUUCUCUGGACUCAAGGACCACCUUGACCCCCAGCUCUGCCUGCUGCUGGGGGUGGCCCUGCAGCUCGGCCCUGCCCUCUCGCCAGCCUUGCCCCUGCCCGGGGCUGGGCCCGCGGGUCCUCAGCUCGCUCCCCAGGGCCCCCCGAUGCCUUCUGCAAGCCCCCUUCCCUGGAGCCCUGGGGCAGUGGCUGGACCUCUCCCCAACCUGGGCCCUUGGCCAGGCCAAGGCCAUUUGGCUGGCCACUAUGCAAAGGCUGCCAGGGAGGCUCCAUGGGCAGCAAAGUGGGUGCUGACCAGGCCCCCAACUCCCUUGCCUGCUGGCUGUGACCCCUAAAGAACAGAAUGAACUCCUUCUUCUCCCUGCUUGAGCUCUGCCCCCACCUCCCACCCCACCGCCUGCGAUGGGACCUCUGCCUGGGCCUUGGCUGGCGGGAGCCCCUCCACUCCAGAUCAUAGUUAAUAAAUGGCCGCUUGCACCCGCUGCCUCGCUCA